AGACGAAUGGUCGUGUUUAUCUUCUCGUGAUUCUCGCUAGUGGCAUCGUGGUGACUAAAUGUUUAUUUGCUUAGGAUAAUAAAUAUAUUUAAUAAGAAAGGUAGCUCAUCCACAAAUAAAGAAAUAUUGUCUUAUCUAGACUGCUUGGCGCCUACAUUAACAGUUUCACAACAACGGUGAUCACAUCUAUGACUGAUAGCGUGGCAUUCCUUUCAAUGGAUCAACCAGCCGAGCGGAAAUUGGAAAGCUUUCAAAUAGUGGAAACAAAAAUGGCUGCAUAUGAUUUACCGGAAAAUGAAACUUUUAAUCCAUUCGAGCAUCGGCGCAUUCGAAAACCUACUUCUUCUACCGGGACGCUAAUCCAUCUUAUAAAAAGUUCUUUGGGAACUGGAAUUUUAGCGAUGCCUUUGGCUUUCAAAAAUGGAGGACUUAUAUUUGGUAUUCUUGGAACGGCCUUGGUUGCUACUAUUUACGCACACUGUGUACACUUACUGGUUAGUACGUCCCAAAAAUCUUGUAAGAAAAAUAAAAUUCCUUCUCUGGGAUUUUCCGAAACGGCAGAAAACGUAUGCGCCAAUGGACCCCCUGGUGUUCGGAGAUUCGCUGGAUUCGCCAAGGCCUAUAUCGACUACAUGCUUCUGAUAAUGAGUUUUUUCUCUGUGAGCGUAUAUUUGGUGUUUAUCUCAACAACACUGCGCGAAGUCGUAAACUACGAACUACAAAUUGACUGGGAAACGCGAACUUACAUUCUGAUGAUGACGGUUGUCGUCGCUCUGAUAACCCAGGUUCGUGAACUAAAGUAUUUGGUACCAUUUUCAUUGCUUGCCAAUUCUUCGAUUCUGGUAGUCUUCAUUAUCACGUUAUACUAUAUCUUCAAAGAACCGAUUACUCUAGGAGAUCGAGGUUUCUGGCCCGAAUGGUUUAAUCUUCCGUCAUUUUUCGGGAUAGCAGUCUACGCGAUCGAAGGCAUCGGUAUCGUACUGCCAGUGGAAAACAAAAUGAAGCACCCGCAGCACUUCUUGCAUCCCGUGGGAGUAGUGAACGCAGGAAUUUGCUUUAUUACACUACUGUAUAUCGUUACAGGAUUUUUCGGCUACGCUCUUUACGGCCCCGAUACUAAAGGAUCCGUCACUUUGAAUCUUCCAAACGAAGAAAUCCUAGCCAAGUCAACGCAGUUACUGGCGGCUCUGGCAAUUCUACUUACUACCGGUCUGUACUAUUAUGUCCCGAUGGAAAUUCUCUGGUUGAAAAUAGGGCAUAAAAUUCCGGCUCGGAAAGAAAAUUUGGCACAGAUAAUCAUUCGAUUGGGGAUCGUAAUCGUGAUGAUGGGAUUGGCGUUGACGGUGCCUAAGUUGGAACUGUUCAUCGGAUUUGUGGGCUCCAUUGGAUCCGCCACAUUGGCCCUACUUACACCGAUCACUCUGGAUACAAUCUUUCGAUGGCCGGCUGAUUUUGGCUGGAUGAAGUGGCGUUUGGUGAAAAAUGUGGUUCUUGGUACAUUCGGUAGUUUCAUUCUGGUCGUGGGGACGUAUUUCAGUGUACAGGAUAUAGUCCAGAAUAUCUAGUGAACCAGCAAAGCCGGAUGUAGUGUGUGUAUUUAAGAGCUUUUAUUCUGGUACGAAGUAAUUUACCGAUCAAAAUGGUAGGCUAUGGUUAAGAUUUCUGAAGUGUCCACUAAAGGUUGAUGGCACUAUUCUCAGUAUUUUUAUACGAUUAAGAAAACGACAACACCCAUACGCUUUAUUACCUAAUGAAGUACAUAUCGCUAUCGUUAGUUAGUUAGCAAAUGAUUUUCCAAUAAAAUUAUGGCUUGUAAAAACCAGAAUACUAUACAGAAAAAUACUAAACCUACCACGUAACCUUUUUUCUGAACGCUUAUAGCUGAGUCAUUUUCCGUUAAAUUUAAAUAAUUCAACAAUCAUUCGACUCAU